AUGGACGAGAAAAACUCUAAAUCAACGGCUAGUGGCUCAUCAUCUACAACGAGUAAGCCGAAUAAGUUAUCAUCAUCGGCAGCAGGAACAACAACAGUGGUGAGCAGAAAUACUACACAGUCACAGCCCAUUCGUCGGAUGCUUCAAAAUUUCCUGCUGAUAUGGCUUGAUGCUAAUCUAGAUGAAUCUGAGGACGAUUAUAAAAAAUCAAUACAACAUUUACAAAAUAUUGUAGAAAUAAUCACCACAUUUAAAGAUGUUGACGAAUGUAUUGAUUUUCUAAGUGAUAUUGAAAAUGAAAAUGUAUUAAUGAUCGUCUCUGGUGCCCUGGGAAAACAUCUAAUACCGGUGAUACAACAAUGCCCACAAUUAGUCUCAAUUUAUAUUUUCUGUGAUAAUCAAUGGAUUCAUGAACGAUGGGCCAAAACAAUGAAUAAAGUAAAAGGUGUAUAUACGCAAAUUGAACCGAUUUGUGACGCAUUACAAAUCGAUCGAAGGAAGUGUGAUCAAAAUAUGAUCCCAAUUAGUUUUAAUCGUAUUGAUCCGUUAUUUAUGUAUACACAAUUGUUAAAAGAAGCACUUUUGGAAAUCGAAGAUGAUGAUGCAAAAUCUAUUAAAGAACUCGUUGAAUAUUGUCGUCUUCACAGUGAUGCUUCCGGAGUAACACUCGAAAAGAUCGAACGAGAAUAUCGUAAUCAUACACCCAUUUGGUGGUACACUGGUCCAUAUUUUAUCUACUCAAUGCUCAAUCGUGGCCUUCGACAAAUGGAUGUCGACAUUAUACUUAAAAUGGGCUUUUUCAUCCGCCAUCUACAUCAAUAUAUUGCAGAAUUACAUCGCGAACAACAAAGUAGCAAAGCAGCCAUGCCAUCGAAAUUUCAAGUUUUUCGUGGUCAAGGCUUAUCCAUAGAAGCCUUUGAAAAAAUGAAAAAAACUAAAGGUGGACUUAUGUCGUUUAAUAAUUUUUUGUCGACAAGUUGUAAUCCUGAUAUUUCUUGCGAAAUCUUUGCACGACCGGCAUCAUUCGAUGAGAAUUCAGUUGGCAUUCUCUUCGUUAUGAACAUCGAUACGGCCAUUUGCACAGCUUCAUCGACACCUUUCGUCAAUGUCAAAGAUGUUGGCUUCUAUGAUGAUCAAGAAGAAGAAAUUCUUUUUUCCACUCAUACAAUUUUUCGUAUCGAUAAAAUUGAACGGAUCGAAGACGAGCAUACAAAUCGUCUCUGGCAAGUGAAUCUUACCCUCGCAGGUAAUCAAGACGAUGAUUUUAGCAAACUUACAGCAUAUUUACGCGAAGAGCUUGUCUCCGUGGGAACAGGGUGGUCUCGACUGGGUUCUAUUCUUGUUGGCUUGGGUGAGCCUGCAAAAGCACAACAUCUCUAUCAGCUGCUUCUUGAGAAAGCAUCUUCUGAUGGAGACAAAGCACAGUAUAAUGGUGAACUUGGCACGGUGUAUCAAAGCAUAGGAGAAUAUUCGAAGGCAAUAACAUUUUACGAAAGAGCAAUCGAUAUUUACAAGAAAAUGAGCCCUCAGAGUCAGUUCAACUUGGCCACUUCCUACAACAACAUUGGUUUGGUGUAUAAUAACAUGAGCGAGUAUUCAAAAGCACUUUCAUCUUACGAACGAUCACUUGAAAUCCGAAAAAUAGCUCUCCCUCCGAAUCAUCCCUCCUUGGCUGCUUCCUACAACAACAUCGGUGUGGUGUAUGAUAACAUGGGCGAGUACUCGAAAGCACUUUCAUCGUACGAACAAUCACUUGAAAUCCGAAAAGUAGCUCUUCCUCCGAAUCAUCCCUCCUUGGCUGAUUCCUACAACAACAUCGGUGCAGUGUAUGAUAACAUGGGCGAGUACUCGAAAGCACUUUCAUCGUAUGAACGGUCCCUUGAAGUCCAAAAAAUAGCUCUCCCUCCGAAUCAUCCAUCCUUGGCUACUUCAUGCAACAACAUCGGAGGGGUGUAUAAUAACAUGGGCGAGUAUUCAAAAG